AUGUACAGCAAAGCUCAUACUUCUUUCCGGGGUCAAGAAGACUAUCACACAGAUAGCUCUUCUGUCGGCUUCAGCACUGAGUGUGAACUUUCUUGGAGAACAGGUCAUCGUCAGCAGACGAAGAACUUGGGCAUUUACAAAAGAAUGCACCCUAGCCAACAGAACUACUCACCGCCCUCUUACAACAAUCAACGAUCACGCCUAGGUGAUCGUUCACAGAGGCAACGAUUCACCCCUCGGAAGCUCUCGUGGAAUGAAUUCUUGACUCUUUAUCUUCGUAUAAAGAAUCAAUUCAAACCCUCAUCUUCCACAUCUCCUUCUAGACCAUCAUCAUCAUCAUCCUCUUCUUCUUGUGAUCCUAUCACUUCAGAAAGCGAUAGUGGGAUCAGUAUUGCAGCCAGUACCAGCGUACCAUGGCGCAAUAACAAAGUACCAUCCCUUUCUCGACCAUCAUCAUCAUCCUCUUUCUCCUCUAUUACCACAGGACGCGAUAGUGGCAUGAGUAUUGCAACAAAUGCCAACAUCCCAUGGUGCAACACCAACAUGCCGCAAAAGAGCAUCGAGAACAGAGUCCCAGUGGACAAAGCGUACCCAUCUCUUCGAACACAGAAUCUCAUUCUAUCUAGAAUGCAGAACAUUCUUGAGUACGCUUGCUUUCGCUUUGCGGAAAGAUUCAUGCCAGACAUUCUUCAAAGCACUGGCUGGACUUGUCCAGAAGCAGGCGAACUUAGCAUCUGGAUUUACCAUUUCUACGAGAAAGGCAAAUCCCUACAGCUACAAGACAUGAGCCGCCUCCGAGGAAGCCAGAUCUCCCUCUCUGUACUCCUCAAUUCAGUCAAGGAGAUCCGCCAUGACGCUGUCCACCGAAACCCUCUGGACACGAAGUACUUUUCACUCCAGAUGAGCCACGCUGUCGCCUUCUGUCAGGUUCUCGGAGUUUCUGAGGCCCUGGAUAAGCUUCAGUCUAUUCAGCUCUGUGCGGAAACCCAGAUUCGAAAACUCGGCAUUAUUACGGAAGUCAAUAUCAAGUUCGGUGACGUGUCAGCACAAGGAGGACUUGAUGUUCAGAGCCAAACUAUUGAAGAGACUCAUAAGACAUUUGAGAACCGACGAGUAGCAGCUUGCAACAUAUUGGACAGGCUACUCCUGGACCCAAAGACCAUUGAUUUCAGCCCACAAGAAGAAGCACCCACUCUCGAGCCAAUAGCUACCAUGACUGCCACAGACAUUACUCCUAUCACCGAAGUGGCACCGAAAGAGAGACAGGAGUUGUCAGAAGUAGCUUCGAAGUUCUUCUUCGACUCGAUCCUCAUGAUGACCUUCUUCAUCAAUGGACUUGUUGAUGUAUCGGCAAGCGGUCGCAGCGGCAUGGAAAAGACUGGCAUGAAAGUACUCAAAGCCGUCUUUCUCUGUACCAUUUACAGCCUGUCGCUAUUUAUCUUCAUUCGAUUGGUUGCAGAAAUAUCCAACGAUUUGUUGGAGUAUUGGAUGUCUCAUAUGGGUCAGUGGGUUGGACUUUGCAUCAGUGUGUAUGCACUUUGUCUUUGGAUGACAUCCUAG